CACUUUAGUAAACUGGCGCUCUGGCGAAACUGGCGCUCUGGCAAAACUUGCGCUCUGGCAAAACUGGCGCUCUGGCAAAACUGGCACUCUGGCAAACUGGCGCUCUGGCGAAACUGGCACUCUGGCGAAACUGUCACUCUGGCGAAACUGGCACUCUGGCGAAACUGGCACUCUGGCAAAACUGGCGCUCUGGCAAAACUGGCGCUCUGGCAAAACUGGCAAACUGGCGCUCUGGCAAAACUGCCGGCGCUCUGGCAAACUGGCGCUCUGGCAGAUGGAUAA